AUGUCAACAACUACAGGUCAACAACAACAACAACAACAAUCAAACAGUGCACAAUUCAACUUCUUUAAGAUGUGUAUUGGUCGUCCUGUUGUUGUAAAGCUAAACAAUGGAGUUGAAUAUAGAGGUAUACUUGAAGUGGUCGAUGGUAACAUGAACAUUGUAAUGGAGCAGACUGAAGAGUAUCUGAAUGGACAACUGAAAACCAAGUACGGUGAUUGCUUCCUGAGAGGUAACAAUGUACUAUAUAUAUCAGCACAAUCGCGAAAGGGCAACUAG